GUAUUUCUUUGUCUUCACCCAUUGAAGGUGUUCAUGAAGGCUGCACUGCCAUGACCGCAGCUGCCUGCUAUGAUCGCCCGAUUUCACAGGACACCAUCCGGAGGCCUUCACCGUCAAAGCCUCCGCUGCCCAUUUUAGUGCGCGCCUCAAAGCCAGGCGAGCAGCGCUUGGUUCCUUUGUCCUUGGCCGAACACAGUGACCGCAGUGCUCCGCUGGACAUAGCUUUGAGUUGGGAGCAGCCGGUUGAUCCCAUUGCGUUCACUGAGUCAUUGGCAAAGGCCUUGAGUCUAUUUCCUUGCUGUGCUGGCCGUUUUGUCACCCGCGAAGUGUCUGUGGAGCAAGCUGCCGGGGUAACAUUGAAGGAGCGCAGAACAUGCAUUUUGUGCAAUAAUGCUGGCAUCACAUUCACCCACGGUCACCACAACGGUAAACGGCCAUCAGUGAUUGGGCCCAUGACUGGUCUUUUUGGCCGCGCUGCUGGCACAACAACGAAAGCUGAUGGAUGUGGUGGGCCACUGCUGAGAGUAAAGCUGGUGACUUGCCAGGAUGGCCAGAUAUUGGCUCUGAGCUUCUCACAAGGUCUCGCAGAUGUGGAAGCCAUGGGUCUUUUCUUGCAAGCUUGGAGCAAGUAUCACUGUGGAGAGGAACCAUGCUACAGUUCCCAUGAUGCUCGUAUUGCAUUGGAUGGUGCCGUCAGCAACGGAUUUCCAAAGCUGGAUCCAUCCUUCACCUACCUUCAUCGACGGGAACUUACCACAAGAGAGUCAAGCGCUGCUACAGCUGCAGCUGCAGCAGCCGAAAGACUUGGUGUUGCAACGUUUCUCCUAAAGUGGGAGGAGCUGAAUGGCCUAGCAGACAGCUUCUCACAGCAGCUUAGAGGCCGUCGUUUGAUCUACGACUCAGAAAGACUCUCGUACGACGAGGUCGCGUUUGCUCUUGUCGUCGAAUCGCUGGGUAGGGCAGUUUGUGCCAGUGUUUGGCUGGACUAUGGCUUGACUUUUGGCUACGACCGCCUCUUUGGACAUGUUCGUGGGGUUGCGGAUGUGGACUUGCCUGCAGAGGCAUUGGAAGCAGCUGCUGUGAUGAAGAGGAAACUUCAGAUUGCAAGAGGAAGUACCGAUUUCUGGCGCUGGAAGGCACAACAGACCAAAAGUUGUCCUGUUGAGCCAACCGCCGAGAUCAUUUUCAGCUCGUGGUUAGAGGCUGCUGAGCUAACGAAGUUUGCAUUCACUUCCGGGGCUUCACCUUCCGGCGUAGGUCUAGGGUGCAGCUUCUGGGACUGGUGGAUGCACACUCCAGAGGCACGCCGAAGAGCUGGUGGCGGUGGUGCUGUUGGAGCAAAUGGGCAAGGAUGUCCUUCCUUGGUUGUGCUCCUGCCACAUGAAGAUGGGGUUCAAGUACAGGCACUUUUGCCGCAGAAGGCUGCUUCAAAGCUUUGUGCAAAGCACAAAUGCUUUGUUUACUACCCUUAAAAAGGUAAACAGUUCCAAGUCUUCAAGAUAAAGGUUUCCCACAAGAGGCACUCUGACGUGCGUAGGCCAACACACAGGUUGCACAAGCUUGAGAAGGCUUA